GCUAUCCCAACCUAUUAACCACUGGUUGGAGUUGAUAUUGUCGCGUUAGGGUUAUAAACUUGUUUGCACCAUUUGAAAACUUUUAACGCUUCCCAGUGAUAAGAACAAAGCAUCGACUGGUGGCGCAGAGCUCACACCCCCGUUUCGUCAGCUGGCAAUUUGCGCCACUUUAGAUAUGAAAUCCUACUUGACGUUGUUGGUGCUGAUGUAUGGCUAUAUCGGUACGGCUUUGGGUGAGUAAUAAAUACUCGUCGUCGUCGUGUCGGACGGAGCUGCGAAGGAAGAACUACACGCACCGUCCCGUCAGUAGUCGUGAUCGAGCCGUAGUGAGCGGUGCAUAGCGAACACCAGUUGUGAUUGUCCGUCCCGAUGCGUUGCAAUAUACGGUUACGCUCCCGCGGGCGAACCCUUUCUUCUGUCUGAUGGUGAUCCCAUGAGAGUGUGCGCACGCGUGCGAGUUCCGUCGCCGCCGCCGGUAGUCUGCGGCAAAGAGGACAGAACCCUCAGUGAAUGAACGUGAGUGAUUGAAAGAGAAAGAAAUACACACAGAAAGGGGAUAAUGUUCCGACCAGAACGGAAGUAUUCAUCACCGCGGCGGUAAGCGGUUCGGAAGUGUCAACCGUGCGAAGCUAUUGCCAAGCAAACAAAAAGAAGUUUUUAAGUUGAUGUUUUUGUGUGUUGCUUAGUUCUACUGCAUUCUUGUGGGUUUCAAAUAUUUGCAUAUCAAACAGUGCGGAUAGGAUAACUGCUAGGAAUUGCUACAUUGGUGGAUGAACGAUUAUUGAGGUCAAUAAAAGAGGAACGAUCCGCACUGGACAACAGCAAUCUGCAGCACGAAAGCAAUAUAAAUCGCAAUUGGAAGAAAAAUCAAUGUGACAUGCUCUGACUGACACAGUUGCCUUGUGUCAGAGGUCACCAGGAGAUUCCAGUUUUAAAAUAGACGUCACAUACGGACACGUUAACUAUAGCUGGAAACGAAACAAAGUGGUUGAUUAUGGAAGUAAUAAUUAAUACAAUAAAGGACGUCUUCCUCGGCAGCUUAAUUCUGCAGUUUUUUGCGUUAUCAAUCCUGCUCAGCCUUCUAUGGCCCACAUACAAGUACUAUGCCAAACUGGCGGCCAUAAUGACGGUUUCGUCACUAGUUCUAAUCAUACCGAUACCGCUGUUUCUCUUCAAACCUCGGUGGCCUCUUAAUGCCUUAAUACCCGGAAUUGUGGCAUGCGAAUUCAUACGAUGGAUGGGCGUCGAGUACGAAAUCCGUGGUAAGGAACACAUCAACGUACAUAAUGGCGGGGUGGCUCUAAUCAAUCAUCAGAGUGCGAUCGAUAUCGUGCUUCUAGCUCGACUCCUUCGUGAGUUUCGCAACAUUGUGCCUGUGGUGAAAAAGGAAAUAUUCUACGCCCUCCCGUUCGGCAUUGGAUCCUAUCUGGUGGGAGUGGUGUUUAUCGAUCGUAAAAAUACCGCCUCGGCUAAGGAUGUCAUGAAACGAGAAGCUGUGGCCAUCACUAGAGAUAACUUGAAGUUAGCAAUUUUCCCCGAAGGCACCCGCCACGACCGGGAUACAUUGCUACCCUUUAAGAAAGGCUCAUUUCACGUGGCAGUGGACUCCCAGGCGGUCAUCCAACCGGUUGUCGUUUCCAAGUAUGUCUUUAUAGACCACAAGAAGAAACGCUUCGGCCGAGGACGAGUUAUAGUGAAAAUUCUGCCGGAGAUACCGACCAAGGGAAAAGGUAAGGACGACAUCAACCAACUGGUGGAACAUUGCCAGAAAAUCAUGCAGAGCGAAUUCGAUAAAGUGAACGCGGAAGCGAAACAGUACUGCCGUAUGUAGGGGACCAAUCCAAUGGAUGAACGCAAUUUCCAUUCAAAGAAGUGAAUUGAUAAAAGAAAACAUGUGACAACAAAGCUAGAUGUAAUCCAGUGUAACUUAGUUAAUUACGGCACAGGGAAUCAUCAGAAUGGUUACGUUACAAAACAAAGUCAAAACGAACUGUUCAGUAUCUUAAUAGUCUAGUCUAGUCUAGGUCGGCGAGUUUUUUGAUUAAGGUAAAAAAAAGUUAACAAAACACAAAGUUUAAAACAUUUAGGAUUUGAUAAUAGCAAACAGCAAAGUAGGAAAGCAAUACGUUCAAAACAAUCGCUGUAUAUACUGCGGUCACAAAAGUCUUUUUCUAAAAUAGUGAUUAUUUAAUUACAACUACAACUUAACUGUUCUAUUUUUCCACUCAUUUAUUCUACUUAACGAUUCGUAUUAAAUAAAAGUAUCUUU